CGUACGCUGUUGCCAUUGAGGGAUCAUUCCGAGGAUCACUGUACAGCACCACCCAUGAUCUGCUUUCUAUACCAGUGUAACCAAUAACUCGAGAGUGUUGAGAGUGUUGACUCGGAGUUCUGACAUUCUGUUUCUACUCCCGAAUACACCAUCCCCGUAUCCUUGUAGAUGCAUGCCCCAGCUAUCAUGACUUCUUCUAUCUGGAGAUGCGCCAUACUGGCCUCUGCGCUGUUCUCAUGCCCGAGUAUAGCCCAGACAUAUACAUCAUGCAACCCUCUGACCUCAACCUGCCCCGCGGAUACCGCCCUCGGCAUGGCCAUAGACGUCGACUUUACGCAAGGAGAGGUGAACUCGUUCACCGCUUCAGGCGGCACACCCUCAUACGGCUCCGACGGCGUAACGUUUACGGUUAGGCAGACCGGCGAUGCGCCGCAGCUUUCUUCUGUCUUCUACAUCAUGUUCGGUCGAGUCGAGCUUAGCUUGAAGGCUGCUCCCGGCGCCGGCAUCGUGUCUUCCCUCGUAUUACAAUCCGACUGUCUCGACGAAAUCGACUGGGAAUGGCUGGGCGCUGACUCGACCGAAGUACAAUCCAACUAUUUUGGAAAGGGGAUAACUACUUCCUACAACCGCGGGCAGUUUCAUGAAAUGGGAAACAACCAAGAUGGUUUUGUUACCUACGUGAUAGAUUGGACAAGCGAUCGAAUCGUCUGGACCGUGGAUGGAACCGCGGUGCGGACACUCCAAGCUUCAGAAGCCGAAGAGGGCCAGUACCCUCAAACGCCAAUGCAGGUUAAAUUCGGCGCAUGGUCUGGAGGCGACUCUAGCAACGCCCAAGGCACGAUCGACUGGGCGCGUGGCCCUACCGACUACUCCCAGGGGCCGUUUAGCAUGAGCGUAAAGAGUAUCAAGGUGACAGAUUACAGCACAGGUUCUUCUUAUACUUACAGCGACACUUCCGGCUCGUGGCAGUCCAUUCAGGCGGAUGGCGGCCAGGUCAAUGGCAACUUGGGUGGUGCUGGCACUCUUACUACCACAGCGGUUGCGAGCGGCUCCACCGCGACUGGGUCGGCUAACGUUCCCGCCGGGGGCAUAGGCGGUUCAGACCAGGGUUCGACCUCAUCUAAUAACUUACCCGAGGGCUGGGUUAUGACUCCGGAGGGGAAGAUAGUACCAUCAAGUUCGACUAUCUUACGCCCUGCUUACCACUUCAUCUUCGUCUUCACCCUCUGCGCUAUCUUUGCGAGCAGCCGAAGAUUUUGGCCUUGAAGCACCGCAGUAUGAUAAAUAUGCUGAGGUAGAGAGCGGAGUAAGAAACGAAAAUGACUUCUUAUGAGUAGAUGAUUUUACGUUUUACGACUGAGCGUGUUACAAAUUGACCUCGAUCGGAGGCUGCAAAUGAGUAGGCACGCUCUAGUCAUCGGACUAGGGGACGUGUCCGCGCAGGUCUACGGUUCCGUCUAUCAGCAAAUCAACUGGAAGUCGACACGAGCACAUUAACCCCGGUCCGACGCACCUAGGGCUCCUAAUUCCGACGGUCAUCGCAGGAAGUACGUACAAAACGGGAUUCCACUCGAAGACUAUCGCGGCGACCAGGGUGGAAGGGCCGUGCAUAUGCAAAGACAACUACCUCUCUGGGAUUUGCUCUUUAAAGAGCGUAA